UUGUUCAUGUUGAUGUUCAUGUUGAUAGUCCUCAAAGAAUUCUGGGUUAGUGUAAAUUACAGAUGAAAGCUCAGCUGGUGGUAGGAAUGUUUACAAAACAUUCAGGUGUUUGAAGCCUCCCAAUAGCAAAGCUGGGAAGGGUCCCAUCUGUGGGAGAGUAAGAAUUGAGCCUGGAUCCUCCCCUGACUCUCAUAUCUUUUUUUCCCAAUGGUGGUUUGUCGCCUGGGUUUACUUGGGUCAUCUGGCUGAUUCAUUGUUGCUGUAAAAACAGGGCUGAGUGUGCUUUGUUGAAAGCCACUGAAACCAGAGGAAACUAGUCACACAAACCCUGACUACCACCUGACAGAUUGCUUGUGCUGCCUGAUAAUUACUCGCACUUUUCCCAGGCUAGUGCAUGUCUUCAGGGGCCGUCCAGGACUACAGAGCCGUUUCACCCUACCUUGGCUUCGAUCUCUUCCCCCAUGCUCGAAGGUGCAGAGCUGUAUUUCAACGUGGACCAUGGCUACCUGGAGGGCCUGGUUCGAGGAUGCAAGGCCAGUCUCCUGACCCAGCAAGACUAUAUCAACCUGGUCCAGUGUGAGACCCUAGAAGACCUGAAAAUUCAUCUCCAGACUACUGACUAUGGUAACUUUUUGGCUAAUCAAACAAAUCCUCUUACUGUUUCCAAAAUUGACACCGAGAUGAGGAAAAGACUAUGUGGAGAAUUUGAGUAUUUCCGGAAUCAUUCCCUGGAGCCCCUUAGCACAUUUCUCACCUAUAUGACGUGCAGUUACAUGAUAGACAAUGUGAUUCUGCUGAUGAAUGGUGCAUUGCAGAAAAAAUCUGUGAAAGAAAUUCUGGGGAAGUGCCACCCCUUGGGCCGUUUCACAGAAAUGGAAGCUGUCAACAUUGCAGAGACACCUUCAGAUCUCUUUAAUGCCAUUCUGAUCGAAACGCCAUUAGCUCCGUUCUUCCAAGACUGCAUGUCUGAAAAUGCUCUAGAUGAACUGAAUAUUGAAUUGCUGCGCAAUAAACUAUACAAGUCUUACCUUGAGGCAUUCUAUAAAUUCUGUAAGAAUCAUGGUGAUGUCACAGCAGACGUUAUGUGUCCCAUUCUCGAGUUUGAGGCCGACAGACGUGCUUUCAUCAUCACUUUUAACUCCUUUGGUACUGAAUUGAGCAAAGAAGACCGGGAGACCCUCUAUCCAACCUUCGGCAAGCUCUAUCCUGAGGGGUUGCGGCUGUUGGCUCAAGCAGAAGACUUUGACCAGAUGAAGAACGUAGCAGAUCAUUACGGAGUAUACAAACCUUUAUUUGAAGCUGUAGGUGGCAGUGGGGGAAAGACAUUGGAGGACGUGUUUUACGAGCAUGAGGUACAAAUGAAUGUGCUGGCAUUCAACAGACAGUUCCACUACGGUGUGUUUUAUGCAUAUGUAAAGCUGAAGGAACAGGAAAUGAGAAAUAUUGUGUGGAUAGCAGAAUGUAUUUCACAGAGGCAUCGAACUAAAAUCAACAGUUACAUUCCAAUUUUAUAACCCAAGUGAAGUUCUCAAAUGCAGAAAAUUAUAAAUGUUGAAAGGAAGUUAUUGAAGAAAAUAAAAGAAAUUAUGUUAUAUUAUCUAGACUACACAAAAGUAAGCCACACUAUAUCUUCUUGAGCUGCAAAUCCAUGGAAACACAGUAAGCCAGCCCUGAAACAAAGCAUUUCCUUAUUCUCAGUGGCAUUAGGUCUUGUUUCCACAUGUCUGUCUCAUUCUUCACUGGGUCUUACAGGUUAAUUUUAAUUAACCCUAUGGUAUUUUUCUUAUUCUUGUUUGAUCAUGUUAAAAAUUGGACCUAAUAAAAGUAUUUUAUUCAUG